AUGUUUGGGUCGGCGGGACCGAGUAAAAGGGAAGUGAGAAAGCAUCUAAAGAUGAAGGCAUUUCAGACCAUCUGCAGACAGCUCAGAAGUUCAAAGGGGUUUUCUCUAGAACCAACCGCCCAUGUGGAUUUUUCCACUUCCUCUUAUUCUUGUAGCCGGAAGAAAAAAGUGAACCCUUAUAAAGAAGUAGACCAAGAAAAGUACUCUGAUUUAGUACAGUCUGUCUUGUCAUCCAGAGGCCUUGCUCAGACUCCAGAAUCAUUGUUUGAGGAAGAUAAUUUACUCUAUGGACCUGUGAGUAAGUGUAAGCCCCCAAAGCAAGAUGAGGAAGCAAAAGCUCCACGAAACUGGUGUCCUCUCUUAAUCCCAGAGAGAAGUGUAAAACCAAAUGCAACAAGUACUCCUACAGUUCCUUUGAGAAUCCCUUUGCAAAGAAAUACCAUACCAAGUGUGACCAGGAUCCUUCAGCAGACCAUGACAUCAGAACAGAUUUUCUACUUGGAGAGGUGGAAACAGCGGAUGAUUCUGGAACUGGGAGAGGAUGGCUUUGCCGAAUAUUCUUCAAAUAUAUUUUUACAAGGGAAACGGUUCCAUAAAGCCUUGGAAAGGAUACUUACACCCCAAAGAGACUUGAAAGAGAGUGAUGAGAAUCUUGAAUCUGGAUAUAUCGAAAGUGUCCAGCAUAUCCUGAAAGAUGUCAGUGGAGUGCGAGCUCUUGAAAGCGCUGUUCAGCAUGAUACCUUAAAGUAUAUGGUCUAA